AUGGUGGCUAGUCAUGUUCCUGCCAAGCGAAACCUCACCGCCACCCGCCCGGAGUAUCCGGCCGCCCUCUCCUCCACUUCCCGCCUCUCCCUCCGAUUCCAGGGCGGGCCGUUCCGCGGCGAGGAGCUGGCUGCGUUCGAGACUCACCCGUUGCGCGAUGAGAUGGUAGCACUGCGGUUGUGGGAUGAUGCGGGUAAGAUCCCCGGGAUUGUAGAUAGUACGCCGCGCGCGGGGGAGUAUCUAGCAAUGAUUGUGGAGCAUUCGAAAGAGAAGCAGAGGAGGUUGUACUGA